CCAACACUGAACGGAACGAGCUACAGAGAUUUUGUGUGCGUGUUGACGUCAAAUUUUUUGUAUAUAAUUUAUUUAAUAAAUUUCUAGUGUUAACGAAUUAUUGCAAAAUUUUCAGUGAAUUUUUUGAAGGGACAGUUAUUGUUUGGCAUUUCAGCUAUAAGCAGUUUACAAAAGUUCUGGUUUGUAAAAGCGUUAAAGAAAAAUUGACAAACAAAAUGAUUUUGAAAGUUCCUUCAAAUGAUUGGUCUGACCAAUUCGAGUAUGUAGUGGAGGAGGAUGAGUCACUGUCAGAUCUAGAAGAUGAACAAGACUUCUCCGAGUAUCUGUGGAUGGAAAAUGAAGAGGAGUUCGACAAAAAUGAAUUAAAACGUCUCGAGGAAGAGGACAUUAUGAAAGAGUGCCUUGAAGCAAUGCUUGAGGACGAACUUGAGGCAGAAUUGGCUGAAUGGCAGAAAGCAAAAGCUGAAGAGUUGAAUGCAGCAUUAUCCUCGCUCGCUGUAAGCGAAUGCAACGUUGAACAUUCCAUUCUCAAUCCAUUAGCCGCUGAAUUUGUACCGCAAAAGCAUAUCAUUGGACUGGGUACAUCGUAGACCCUAUCUUGUAUACCACCAAGACUCGUGCAACACUCGACGAUUCAACCAAAUUCCCCAUCAGAACGCAUCAACGGCAUAUAUUAUAUGAAUUAGUACGUAAUGACCCAAAUAAUACAUACAAACAUAUAAAUUCAAACCAAAACAAAUAAGUAACUAAACAAUUCUAAUACUCUUACCGAAGCAUCGUCCUCUAUGUGUACGCGGCAAUGCGAGUAAUAUUUAUUCGCUAUUAAUUGUAAUGCGUUGAGCGAAAGAGGACAACAACAAAAUAUUUGGAAAUACAGGCACACAAAUAUAAGCGUAUGAACUAUAUAAAGAAAUUUACUAAAAGUCUGGCAAAAUGCUUAAAAACAAUCUUAAACUACGAUAAUUUGCCCAAACUGCCUAUUUGUUGCCCUGCGUUAGUUUCAUAAAUUUUUAAAGCUUAUGUUUUAGCAAGUUGUUUUUUUGCAAGUCAAACGUACAAAUCGCUAUUUUCAUUUAUUGUGGGUAUUUAAACCUUUUUUUAUAGAUACAUUUAUGUACAUAUAUUUUUCUCAUAAUUACCUCAUUAAAAUAUUGCUUACAAAUUGUCCUGUCUUAUUAUAUCGAGACGAACUAUUUGAGUCAGACUCAAGACUCUUGCCUCAUACUGCAUUGACAAUGCAAACGAGUAUAAGAGCAUUUCGAUCAUAUUUUGUUUGUUAUAAAAGAAAAAAAAACAUUUAUCUAGUUUUAAAUAAGUGAUAAAAUGAUAAAUUGUUAGUCCAGAAUCAGUGAAUCAGAAAAUUUAAAAAUUCAAAAUGUAAUCCUUUUCCAAUAUAUAUACAACAUGUAUGUAGCUCUACUUAUCAACUUUAAUAUAUGUUUUUCAAAUGUUAUAUUUUACUUUUAAAAUUGCCUCAAAACACUUCAAAUCAAUCGUAAACUGCAAAUAUACUUUAUCUUCAAUUACAUAACUGUAAUAUUUUCCUGUGUAUAUUUAAUUGAUUAAGCAUACCAAAUUCAAUGUAAACUACACUGGCAUACAUACAUAAAAUGGAACUGGAAAUUAUAAGUAAUUAAAAUGUGGAAAAAAAAUUAAUAAAGUCAAAAUGUAAUGUCGAAAAUUUCAAGAAUACAUAUACAACAGGCGUCUUAUUAUGCUUAACUUUUAAACGUAAUUAUUGCUAGAAUUUUACGAUAAUUGUGUACUUUUGAAGAUUAUAAUAAUACAAUAAGAUUUUAUUAGUUUGUAAUAACUUUAUUUGGGAAGAACUGUUAUUAAAAUUAAAAACUAAAAGUACUCAAUAGCAAAUCAGAAAUGUUGGAAACCUCCAAGGACAUUCUGCCUAGCUGUGCACUAUAUAUAUAUAUAUAUAAUUAUAUAAUUAUUAUAAUAUAUAUAUACAUAUUUAACUCCAACUUUAUGUAUGUAUUUCUACAGAAAGCCUCGUACACUGACCUAAAGCGUAAAACAUAAAAUAACAAAAAAAUUUAUAUAUACGAAAAAAAAUAUUGAAAAGUUUGUUAUUAGCAAAGUGUUCCAAAAGUACAUAUACAUGUAUAUAAAUACCUGUAUAUAUACUAUAUUGAAACACAUUAAGAUUGCAAGACAUGAACAAAAAAAUUACUAAAAUUUACCUUUAUGUGUGAUAUAAAAC